GCAAGCUUCUUAUGCACGCUUGCCGAGUAGGUCGGUUCUUUCCCGCCAUGUUGCUUCAUUUCCCUCGCUUAGCUCUCUAGGGUUCUUCGUUGUGGCGUCUCCUAGCUAGAUCCGGGGCUGGAAUUUCCAGGUGCCGCUAGGACGGCAGUAGGGUAGAAUGCCGGGCGAGGAACAAGCGCGAUCGAGUGCUGGCGCUGCCGCUGCUUCCCCUGCCGCCGCGUCUAAUGGCAACGGCGCGGCGCUGGAUGGCGAGGCUCGAUUCAGGGAGUUCUGCGAGACAAGGCUAUCCCUCGACGAGAUUUCUCUGGAGAAGGCGCUAAGGCUGUAUGGUUUGGUCGCUCCACUGCGGGAUUCGUCACUGCUCGGUGGCUCGGUCGAUGAGGCCGAGCGUAUAUGGAUGGCGGGAAUUCUUUACGUCGUGAAGAAGCUGGAUAGAAGAGAGGUUCCUAUCUUCACACUCACGCAAGUUCUUCGUGUGACCAACCUGAGUGUUGUGGAAUUUUUCCGGGAGAUCACACAGUUCUUAAAGAAAUGUGCGCCAACCUUGAAGAGCGUUUACGGGGCAGAAUUCCAAGGCGAUCUUCAGGCUAAGGAAGACCAGGCAACUUUUGUGCACCUGAUGGUUCUGUUCAACUAUUAUAAGAGGACCUUUCCACAAUAUUUUGAGCCCGCGGAGUCUGAAAGCGAUGAAAUAAGCAUCCAUCAGAGGUUUGGAUGGUUUCUCUUUCUGGCUGCUAGGGUUCACGUUCUUGGUCGGUUUCCUGACCUUGUAACAUGUACGAACGCACUCCUGGGUGUCGUGGCCGUCAUGAUCGUUCAUAUGCCAGCGUCCUUGAGAUCUUAUUCUCUGGAGAACAAGUCUCUAUUUCCGAAAAGAGAUGCGGAUGGUGUUAAACUUAUAUCCUCUCUCUGCAGUGUGGGAGAGGCUGAUGAAAAAGAUGUUAUGUCCGUGCUGAAGAAUAUACAAGACAUGAUUUCCAGCAUUUUUCCGAACUUACCUAGUACGAGUGACUGCAGUUCUGUCAGCAAUUUGCAAGGUUUCAGUUCUGAUGGUCUAGUCUACUUUGAAGGACUGAUGGAAGAUAAUAUGAUUGCUGCAAAUUUGCUAACAUUGGAGAAACAAUAUGAAUCCAGUGGAGAGGAAGGAUACGAGCUCUUUGCAGAGCCUAGCCUUACUCUGUUGCACCGGGAGAAAGAUGCUCAAGUGUCUUCUUUGCAACAAACUUUGUCUUCGACGUCCUCACCACGCUCUUCACUGGCUAUGAUUACGGCAGCUAAGAUGCCACCACCAACACCUGUCAGCGUAACAAUGACAACAGCAAAGUGGUUACGAACUGUUAUAGCACCAUUGCCUUCAGAGCCAAGCACAGAGUUAUUGGAGUAUCUUAGAUCCUGUGACCGGGACAUAACGGAGGAGGUGACACACAGGGCUAAGGUUAUACUUGAGGCAAUAUUUCCCAUCUAUUCUCCUGGUAGCUGGAAAGCCACUCUCCAUAGCAGUGGAAGUUUGGAAUGGGCAGUGCAGAGAAGGUCCGAGGCUUCCAAGCUUUACUACAGAGUUUUAACUGCACUCUGCCACGCCGAGUCUUUGAGGCUGCAAAGUAAGAAUUUGACGUCCGUGUUGACAAGCGAGAAGUUCCAUCGGUGUAUGCUGGCUUGCUCGGGAGAGUUGGUCCUAGCGACUCACAAGACGGUUAUUCUGUCGUUUCCUGCUGUUCUAGGACCGACUGGGAUAACCGCAUUCGACAUGAGCAAAGUGAUAGAGUCUUUCGUCAGACACGAAGAAACUCUUCCAAGGGAACUCAAGCGGCACUUAAAUUCCAUUGAAGAGCGACUUCUGGAAAGCAUGGCUUGGGAGAAGGGCUCGUCGAUGUACAACUCACUUAUUGUCGCACGGCCAAGGUUUGGAGACGAAAUAAGGCGCCUAGAACUUAUGGCUGAGCCAAUGCCAUCGUUGGAGACAUUGUCUUCACGACGGGAGUCCAAAGGAGAAGAUAUGCCUGAUGCAAAUUCUCCAGAUAGAGAGCCGUUGUUGUCCGGGGAGCAAACACUAACUUGUAUACCAUCCCCGGUCAAGGAAAGGCCGUCUGCAUUUUCAGCUUUCAACUCGGGUUCGGGAAAACGGAACCUUUUCCAUCUUCAAUCUGUAUUUGCAAGUCCUCAGAAACCGAAUCCUCAUGCUUCUGGAGAAACGUGUGCAGAGGCCGUGAUGAACGUGUUUUUUCAAAAGGUGUUGAAGCUCGCUGCUAGCCGAAUCAAAGUUCUAUGUGAACGUCUUUCACAGCCUAGUCAUGUGGUUGAGCAAAUCUUCCAGGUCUUCGAGUAUGCACUGAACCGGACUACCAUCUUCUUCAACCGGCAUAUUGAUCAAAUAAUAUUGUGUAGCAUGUAUGGCGUAUGCAAGGUUAUGAAGCUCAACGUGACAUUCAGGGACAUCAUUUUCCAAUAUCGGAAACAGCCUCAAAGCAGAAACCAUGUUUUCAGGAAUGUCUAUCUUGAACAGCGGCGUGGGAGAACAGACAUGGGGGAUAUCAUAAAAUUUUACAAUGAAAUCUAUGUUCCUGCAACGAAGGCCUUUUUAAUGAACAUCGCUGCACGACCCGCAUCCAUGGUGGCAGGCAAAGGCACUGCGACAGACGAAGCACCCAGCUCUCCCCCGAGGCCAUCGGUGUUCCCAGCGAUUCCCGAUAUGUCUCCGAGAAAAGUAUCUGCCAGGCACAACGUCUUUGUCUCACCUCUUCGAAACACCAAGGUUGAAAACAUCAUGUCUCCUCAUUCCAGAAGCUUGUAUGCGUGCGUGGGUGAAAGCACUCACGCUUAUCAAAGCCCCUCCAAGGACCUUACCGUCAUCAACUGUCGCCUAAAUCUAUCAAACGGGCGAAGGCUUGAGUUUCAAGAGCCCUCACUAAUGAGCGACUCGUUUGUCACCGGGGCGUUAAGCAACACCAACACCGAUGCAGCGAACAACGAUGACUCCCCACCGAGCAACGAUGCCACGCUCGACCAGGACGCAACGAAUGGCGACCAAAAUAUCCUUCCAUCCGACCCUCAGUCUCCCGCGCCGAAGCGUCCGAAGCUAGAGUAGUCGUCUUGUAAUGUUUCGAAAGGCUCUCUUCAGAGGGGGUCUUCUUUUCUCUCAGGUGUACAAUACUCGAAAGAGAACUCGUGACUCCCAUAAGGAUGGAGCGGAGUAAAAUAAUACGCGAGAAACGACGAACACUAGAAAAGGCCGACAUCUUUGUGAUAUCAUAAUCAAGUUAGUUUUUCUAUGCAAAUUCUCUAACAGAUGCAUUCU